AUGCAAGCUGUUCUCCCAACAGAACUGGACAGUAGUAGGCUCUCCCGUGAGAUAGGAGACAUAGCUAGUGUGGACUGGAAAUGCGGGAAGCGCAAACCGGAGCAGCUGGUGCCACUGAUCAUCCAGGGAGUCCGCGCGGACACAGUGCGGCCGACGCUGCAAGCCGUAGUGGGCAAAGAGGAUGGCCUGACCUACUACGCCAGCCAGCCUCUGCGGCAGAGCGUCUCCGCCAUGCGCCUGCUGACGGCCGCCCAGAAUGUGCAAGAGGCCUACAGCAGAUUACCACUCUUGCUGUCGCCCAGCACUCCGUGUGUGGUGCCACAAUGUGGGUUCCGAGUGGAGAUCGUGGAGGACGACUACCCCGGGGAGGACCGAACCCAGGACCCGACCACGGACGGCGCGUCUGAUGUGGGCACGGCGGCGGCUGUGCGGCUGGGCCUCAUCAAGAGCGAGACUGACAUCAACUCGUACUCGCCGACACAGUUCCGUGGCCUUCUCCGCGUCGGGCCAUUGUGGCAUGUGCUCGUGAAAGGCAUGCUGAUGAUCGACUGCCGCAGAAAAGACGGGCUCCACAUCCGGAGGAGCUGCAGCAAACUGCACAUGCACUACCUGAGCCCUGUCUCGUCAGAGCACCUCGGGCUCGACCUAACACAGAACACGGAGGCAGCCAUGCAGGCCGCGCGGAUAAACUGUCAAACCACAGCCGCGCUCGCCAUGCGGGCUAUGGCCUAUAAGACAGAGGCUGCCCGUGUGGUCGCGCUGGGCCUGCUGGACACAUUGCUUCAGACACUGCAAGCUGCCACCGUGCUUCACUUCGCGAGCAUGGCAUGGGGCAUCAAGAACAGCCUUCUCGAAGCUCCAGCAGAAGCCGUGAAGCGUUUGUCUCCGCCAGCCCCCACACGGGGCGACAAACGCCAGGCGGAGAUGAACGAGGAACGGCAGUUUGUCAAUCGGGUCGGGAAACACGAGGUCACAGUCCGAGCCGCAGCCGAUGAAGAAGAGGUGGAGAGCGAUCUGGCCCAGCUCACCAAGGAAGUCGAGGAGAUGCACCCGUGGGACUUGGCGCGGGGAACCAAGCGGGCAGUUCUCGGAGGCGGUGGCGCAUUCAACGGCCUCCUGACGCAGUGCAGACACGACCCUCAGCUCGUCCUGCCCGGAGGCGCAUGGGUUCUGACAUCGCUGCCCGACAUCUGGAAGGGACUUGAGGACAAGCAGUGCUAUGUCUUCGCGAACGGCGUCAACAUCGUGGGUAGGGUUGCCGUGUGGCGCAGCCCGGUCGUGCAACCGGGAGACAUCCAGGUAUGGGAGGCAAAGGAAUGGCCUGCCCACCAACGCGCCCCGCCGAGGAACUGCAUCGUCUGCACAGUGCGUGGGCCUGGCGUCACGGCGCUGUCUGGCGGAGAUUCGGAUGGCGACACAGUCUUCGUGACCUUGAACGCCGACCUGAUCGAGUUCCUGGACCACACGGAGCCGGCUGUGGCAGCUUUGGACCUCGAGGGCGCCGCGCAGCCAAAGAAAGAACUCGAGCAGGAAGACAGGAUUCGGUUUUCCCUGUGUGAGGAUAGGACUCCAGAAUAUUUGCGGUACAUGCUUCGCGUGCCAACGCUCAACGUCCGUGGCCUGGCAACUGCAAUGGCAGAAAAAUGCCAGCAGGCGGUGUAUGAGUCGCCAGGAGAUCCGGCCAAGUACCAGUGCAUGCUGCGCGUGGGGUUUCUCUGCCAAUGCAGCCUACGACUGCCCCAAGAAGUUUUCUGGGCAGUACGUCUUGGCCGCCAUUCGCCGCGAGAUGCGUGCAGCAGGCAUCGCGCAGAGCACCUUCCGUUCCACGUUUGCAUUUGCGUGGACUCUGUGCUCACACGGCCUUCCACCCUACCAACGUAA